AUGCGUAGAAGUACGUUUAGUAGAAGUGCCACCCCUAGUGGAGGUGGUGGUACUGGAUCAGUCGAUGCUUCUCCAUUCAUCAAACCGGAUAGAAAUAGAAGAAAUUUCUUGAGGGCAAGAAUGGGGGCUAGAAACGGUGGUAAAGGAAUGUUGAAGAAGGAUGAUCCAGGUUUCGAAGACGAAAGAAAUGCACAAUUGCUACAACAAACUGGUGUUGAAGUAGCAGGAAGAAUGAAAUUAGAAGAUGAAAGAGGCGAGGUGUAUAAUGAAUUCCCUUUGAGAGCCAUAUCAAGAGAAAAUUUAGAAAACAUGAGAACUCAUCUUUUAAAGUUUCAAAGUAAAAAAAAAAUUAACCCUUCUAAUGAUUUCCAUUUACCAAUCAGAUUGCAUCGUAAGGACACCAGAAACCUACAAUUUCAAUUGACAAGAGCUGAAAUUGUUGAAAGACAAAAAGAAAUUGCAGAAUAUAAAAAGGCUCAGAUUAACGGGGGUCCAAAUACUGGUAAUAUGCCUAAUAAUAUUCAUCCAAAAUCUCAAAAUGUCCCCACUCCAGUGGCUAAUGGACUUCCCCCUACCAAUCCAUUGGAUUCUAAGGUAAAUGGACCGGAAAAACCACCUGCCAUGACCCCAUCUUCAAUCGACGCAGGUUCAUCAUCCACAGGAACUUCUACUCCAAGUGCUGACAACGUAGUCAAGAAAGAACCAGAUGGAAAUAAUGUUCCUAAUCAAAGUACAGAACCAGGCGCAGAAAAUAAUCCUAACAUUGUAGUUACAAAAUUAGAAGAUGCAGGUCCAGCGGAAGACCCUUCCAAAGUUGGUUUAGUUAAAUAUGACGGUAAAGAAGCCCCAGCUGAAGAAGAAGUAUUUGAAGCAGGUACAAUGGAUCCAUUAGCCGAUGUUGCCCCAGAUGGUGGUGGUCGUGCUAAAAGAGGUAACUCAAGAAGAAAGACUCGUCAAAUUAAAGUUCUAGAUGAAAAUGCCAAAAAGUUAAGAUUCGAAGAAUUUUAUCCAUGGGUGAUGGAAGAUUUUGAUGGUUAUAAUACUUGGGUAGGUUCCUAUGAAGCUGGUAAUUCCGACUCAUACGUUAUGUUGGCAGUAGAAGAUGAUGGUAGUUUUACCAUGAUUCCAGCUGAUAAAGUUUAUAAAUUCACCGCCAGAAAUAAAUAUGCUACGCUGACCAUCGAAGAAGCUGAAAAACGUAUGGAUAAAAAAAGUGGUGAAGUUCCUCGUUGGUUAAUGAAACAUUUAGAUAAUAUCGGUACGACAACAACAAGAUAUGAUAGAACUAGAAGAAGACUAAAAGCAGUAGCCGAUCAACGUAGAAAUAUCGAAGGAAGUGAAAGUGAGCAUGAUGAUAACUCUGAAGUAGAACUUGAUUAUGAUGAAGAAUUUGCAGAUGACGAAGAAGCCCCAAUCAUAGACGGUAACGAACAAGAAAACAAAGAGUCUGAACAAAGGAUUAAGAAAGAAAUGUUACAGGCAAAUGCAAUGGGUCUACGUGAUGAUGAGCAGCUUCCUGAUGAUACCGAAAACGAUAACGAUUUAUUUGGAGAAAAGAAAAUUGAUGAGGAAGGUGAAAGAAUCAAAAAGGCAUUACAAAAAACUGAAUUGGCCGCACUGUAUUCUUCAGAUGAAGGUGAAAUUAAUCCAUACUUAUCAGAAUCUGAUCUAGAGAAUAAGGAAAAUGAAAAGUCACCAGUAAAGAAAGAAUCAUCAGAUGAACUUCCAACAUCCAGGAAAUCAUCUCCUAAAAAGCAAAUGAAAAGUUCUGCGAAGACAAGUUAUAGAGAACCACAAGUCAUGGUUAAGAGUAUCAAAGAUUGCAUCAUAAUAUUAAAAGCGGACAAGAAAGUAUUGGAAAAUUUUGCUCCUGGCGAAUGGAAUCCAGAAGUUUCCAAACGUAAGCGUGAAGAAAUGGAACAAGAUCAAACUAUUGAAUCUGAUGAAACAACUCCAGAAACCAAAAAGAUAAAGACAGAAGAAUCAGAGUCAGUUCCAUUGAUUACUGAGCAAGAUGUCAUUGACGCUAUUGGUAAUGAUAAAGUUAACGUUAAGGAUUUUGGUAAAUCCAUCAGAAAAAGAUACCCUGGACCAGAAAACAAAAAACUUAUGUUUGCAAUUGUCAAGAAACUUUGUAGAAAGGUUGACAAUGAACAUAUGGAAUUAAAGAAAUAG